AUGUCUUCCAUUACCCCCGCCCACACUAUCGUCCUCAUUACGGGCGCCAAUCAAGGCCUUGGCUAUGAGUGCGUCAAGAAGCUGGCCGCCGAACAGCCCAACUAUCACAUUAUCUUGUGCUCUCGGAACUUUGAGCGAGGCCAGGAGGCCGCAAAGGCUGUUUCCAAUCUCGCCCCUGGCACAUCAGUCGAGGCACUGGAGCUUGACAUCAACAAUGACGAACAUAUCGCAAAGGCCGCCAAGUUCGUCCAGGACACUUACGGUCGCCUUGACGUUCUGUUCAACAAUGCCGGUAUCGUCAGCGACCCCUCUGCCACCACUGUCCGCGAGAGUUUUCUCAAAGUCAUCGAGACCAAUGCCGUGAGCGCCAUGUGUGUGACCGAUGCGUUUCUACCCCUGCUUAAGAAGGCCGAAGUGCCCCGACUUCUCUUCAUGUCGUCCAGCCUGGGCUCAUUGGCCCUGAACUUGGACAAGUCCUGGCCUUACUAUGCCGUGUUCCAGGGGAGGCCUUACAUCACGUCCAAGGCCACCAUGAAUAUGAUUGCUGUACUUUGCCACGUAUACGAGGGAAAGGACGGCAUCAAGGUCAAUGCGAUCAAUCCUGGUUACCGAGCCACCAAUCUCAACAAUUACAACAAAAUGGCAGGCAACCCGGCUGAUGGAGCCAUCGAGGCAUGCAGGCUGAUCGUCGAUACGGACAAAAAUGGCCAGACUGGCACAUUCACCUCCACGGAAGGCAUCGAACCCUGGUAG